AUGGCCUCGGCUGCAAAGAGCAGCAGCAGCGCGCAGCUCCUCCUCCCCUUCCUCCUCAUUUCCACUUCCUUUCUCCUACCCUUAUCCUUAGAUGCUCAGAAAACUAACAAUAGUUCUGUACAAGUAGACUCAUCACCACCCCCGCAAUUCUCCUUCAGCUUCGACUUCUCCAAUGGAUCCAGCUACGCAAGAAGCGACAUCCGGCUCGAGGGCAACGCGACGGUGCAGGGAGAUAAGGUUGAUCUCACCUGCGACAACUCGGCCGGGAGCGGGAGCAUGAGCAACUGCGUGGGUCGGAUGUCGUACAACCACCCGGUGCCGUUCUACGACGACGACAUGACCCUGGCGAGCUUCAGCACAAGCUUCACCUUCGCCAUCAAGCCCAACGACAUGACUAAGCAGGGGGACGGCAUGGCGUUCUUCCUCUCCGGUUACCCGUCAAGGAUGAUGCAGGAGUACUACAACGGGGCGAACCUCGGCCUCCUCGGCGAGGCCUUCGUCGCCGUCGAGUUCGACACGUUCAAAAACUAUUUGGAUCCCAGCGACUACCAUAUGGGCAUCGACAUCAACUCCCGUGUCUCCACCAACACGACGGUCCUGGCAGCCCUGGAAGGCACCAUGACAGCGACGAUCCGAUUUGACAACAUCACCAGGAUGCUGGUGGCGUCCCUCCGGUUCCAUGACAAUGCCUCUAUGGAACCCGCUGUGGUCAGUUAUGUGUUGCAAGAUCCAAGGGCGUUGCUUCCGCGGGAAGUGGCAGUGGGGUUUUCGGCGGCCACCGGCAGAUAUACCGAGCUCCAUCAGAUACUCGCAUGGUCCUUCAACUCCACUCUCGCUGCUGCUGCUCCGACCCCACCGAAAGGAUGGCAAGCGGAUAAUUAUGGCAGACGACGCAAGAGCAUAGUUGUGGCCAUCGCCGUGGUUGCUCCUAUACUCGCAUUGUUUAUCUGUGGCAUUGUUUCCAUCAAAUUCAUCAAAAGGCUCAAAAAAGGUAAAGGUUCACAAGACAAGGGCGAGGUGAAUGAAAAAGAUGAAGCACUAGUUUGGGUGGCAGGACGGAAUUCUGAGUUCACGGUUUAUGACUUUUUGCAUGUCUUGGAGGCUACAAAUAGCUUCUCAGAAGAAAAUAAACUUGGGCAAGGAGGAUUUGGUCCAGUAUAUAAGGGCCGAUUUCAAGAUGGAUUGGAGAUAGCCGUUAAGAGACUAGCUUCACAUUCAGGGCAAGGGUUCAGAGAGUUCAAAAAUGAAAUCGAGCUCAUAGCCAAGCUCCAGCACACAAAUCUGGUUAGGCUCUUGGGAUUUUGUUCUCAGGGAGACGAGAGAUUACUAAUCUAUGAGUAUAUGCCAAAUAAGAGCUUGGACUUCUACAUUUUUGAUGAAAUACAAAGAGUUUUACUAGAUUGGAAAAAACGCUUAGCCAUAAUAGAAGGGAUAGCGCAAGGACUUCUAUACCUACAUAAGCACUCUCGGUUACGAGUCAUCCAUAGAGAUCUUAAAGCAAGUAACAUACUCCUUGACAGUGAAAUGAAUCCUAGAAUUUCAGAUUUUGGGCUCGCAAAAAUAUUUACCUUAAAUGAUACUGAAGGAAACACAAAAAGGAUCGCUGGGACAUAUGGUUAUAUGGCUCCCGAGUAUGCUUCUGAGGGCCUCUUCUCUAUCAAAUCCGAUGUAUUUAGCUUCGGUGUAUUGACUCUUGAAAUCAUUAGCGGAAAAAGAACUUCAAGUUCCCAUCAAUACGGGGAGUUCAUCAACCUUCUUGGAUAUGCAUGGCAGUUGUGGAAAGACAGAUUAUGGCUUCAAUUGGUAGACACUUCAUUAGGUGCUGAGUGCCAUAUAUCACAGAUGAUGAGAUGUGUUAGUAUUGCGUUAUUAUGUGUGCAAGAGAAUGCAGUUGAUAGACCCACCAUGUCAGAAGUGGUAGCGAUGCUAUCUACUGAUAGUAUGGCCCUUCCUGAACCUAAGCACCCAGCAUAUUUCCAUGUAAGAGUGGGAGUUGAAGAAGCAUCGUCCUCUGUAGUUGAGUCAUCUGAUGUUAAUGAUGUUACAAUAUCUGCCCUACAUGGGAGGUAG